UCUGUUAUCUGGUGUCUCUGCAGGUCUCGCUGCCACCACCACCUGCCGGGACUGGACUGGACUGGGGAGAGAGGCUGGUGAUGGCCGAGCAGGUGAUGGGCUUCUUAGUUCUCUACACCACUCUGCUCAUUGUUCUCCUGUCCAGGACCUGCUUGACCGUCCAUGGAUUCUCAAAGAAACACGCCCGUCCGGUGCCGACCGACGGCAAGGACAACAUCACCAUCUUCACCAGGAUCCUUGACCGGCUGCUGGACGGCUAUGACAACCGGCUACGGCCCGGCCUGGGAGAAAGUGUUACGGAGGUGAAGACGGACAUCUAUGUCACCAGCUUUGGGCCGGUGUCAGACACAGACAUGGAGUACACAGUGGACGUGUUUUUCCGCCAGAGCUGGAGAGACGAGCGGCUGAAGUUCAAGGGUCCGAUGCGCAUCUUGCCGCUCAACAACCUACUGGCCAGCAAGAUCUGGACGCCCGACACAUUCUUCCACAACGGCAAGAAGUCUGUGGCCCACAAUAUGACCACGCCCAACAAACUGCUGCGUCUAGUGGACAACGGCACCCUGCUGUACACCAUGAGGCUGACCAUUAAUGCCGAGUGCCCGAUGCACCUGGAGGAUUUCCCCAUGGAUGCACACGCGUGUCCACUCAAGUUCGGCAGCUAUGCCUACACCAACUCGGAGGUGAUGUACGUGUGGACGCACGGUCAGGCCAACUCGGUCGUGGUGGCCGAGGACGGCUCUCGGCUCAACCAGUACGACCUCCUGGGCCAGACCGUGGGCACCGAGGUCAUCCGCUCCAACACAGGUGAAUACAUCGUCAUGACAACUCACUUCCACCUGAAGAGGAAGAUCGGCUACUUUGUCAUCCAGACCUACCUGCCGUGUAUCAUGACGGUCAUCUUGUCUCAAGUGUCCUUCUGGCUCAACCGCGAGUCCGUGCCUGCCCGCACCGUCUUUGGGGUGACGACGGUGCUGACUAUGACGACAUUGAGCAUCAGUGCCCGGAACUCGUUGCCCAAGGUGGCGUACGCCACGGCCAUGGAUUGGUUCAUCGCCGUCUGUUACGCCUUCGUCUUCUCCGCCCUCAUCGAGUUCGCCACCGUCAACUAUUUCACCAAACGCAGCUGGCCAUGGGACGGACGCAAGGCCAUGGAGGCCCAGGAGCUCAAGAAGCGGGAGCCAGUCACUCUGGCCAAGAAGACCAACAACACGUACAAUAUUGUGGGGACGACGUACACACUGAACAUCACCAAGGAGCCGGGGCUGGCCACCGUGUCGAAGAGUGCGGGUGCCCACGCCAAGAUGGGCAGGAUGGAGGAGCAGCUGCCCGAUGGCAAGAAAACCUACAACAGUGUGAGCAAGGUGGACAAGAUGUCACGUGUCAUCUUCCCUGUCCUCUUUGUCAUCUUCAACCUGGUUUACUGGGCCACCUACGUCAACAGAGAGCCCAUCAUUAAAGGCCCGGCCCCCAAGAAAAAGACUCCCCCCCCCCCCCCCCCACAAGGUGGUCUGUUUAUAAGUGUUUUCUAAAGAAAGCAGCAGGUUGUGUAUGAAAGUUGUUAUCCUUCAUCACCUCGUGUUUAACUGUCUGCAUGUACCGUGACUGGACACACACACGCACGCACACACGCACACACGCACACACACACGCUCACACACACACACGCACGCUCACACACGCACGCACGCACUCACGCACACACGCAC